CUGUCUCCCUCUCUUGCUUUUGCUCUGUCUUUCUCACGCUGUGUUUCUCUGUAUCUCACUGUCUUUCUCUGUCACAAGCUGUUAGUAGGAACAAUAAGGGAGCUCGAGAGAUUCUUGUUUGUGGAGAGUGAAAGAAAAUAGAACAGGACAAAGAUGACAACUGUGAUUUCAAAAUUUGAAUAGCAACAAAACAAAAGUUGAGAGGAGGAGCAAGAGUGGAGAAGUAGAAGUACGUAGCUUUAGAUCACAGAGGACUGAGACUCAAGGAAAACUUGAAAAUCCAGCAUAUUCAAUAGAGGGAAGAGGGAAACAACUGGAUAAUCUCAAGAAAUGGCUUCAAACUUCAAUGACAUUGUCAAGCAGGGCUAUGUACGGAUGCGCAGUCGCAAACUUGGGAUUUAUCGCCGUUGUUGGUUAGUUUUCAAAAAGUCAUCCAGUAAAGGGCCUUGUCGACUUGAGAAGUACCCUGAUGAGAAGUCUGCCCACACCAGAUCCUGCUCUAAGGUGACAGAAAUCAGCAACGUUCAGACUGUCAGACGGCUGCCUCGGGAUACCAAGCGACAAGCGGUGGCCAUUGUAUUUACUGAUGACACCUCACGCACUUUCACUUGUGAUUCAGAACUGGAGGCAGAAGAGUGGUUCAAUACACUGUCAAUUGAGUCAGCACAGGUCAGUGACAUCAGCAAGGGAGAACCAGAUCUACUGGCAGCUGGGAUGCAACGUGAACACACAGAACGUUUUAAUGUAUUCUUCCUACCUUGCUCCAACUUGGACAUCUUCGGAGAGUGCAUGAUGCAGAUCACCCAUGAUCACAUUUAUCUCUGGGACAUUCACAAGCCCUGUACCAAACUGUUCGCCUGGCCACUUUGCUCCUUGCGACGCUACGGACGUGAUACCACUCAUUUCACCUUUGAGACAGGAAGGCUCUGUGACAGCGGUGAAGGUCUCUACACGUUCCAGACCAGAGAAGGAGAGCAGAUCUAUCAAAUGGUUCACUCUUUCACGCUGGCAAUUGCUGAGCAGCACAAGAAGGUUCUGCUGGAGGUGGAGAGAAAAAACAGAUUGUUUCGAGGUUCAGAAUCAAACUCUUACCCAUCUACCCCUCAUGUCAUACUGCCGAGAUCAGCCUACUGGCACCACAUUACCAGAAACCAGUACGGCAUGGACUCUGGCAAUGCCUCGGAAGAGCUGCUGCUGUCAACUUUUCCUGCUGAACACUACUCUUCUCUGCCCAUUGAAAACACACAUACACAGUCCCAGCCUGAUAUAAACUCACAUUACCAAAGACUACAGCUUACCUACCAAGUACAGUGACACAUUCACAAACUGUUGUGAUUAUAAAUGAUCAAAUCUGGUCAAAGCAUCAAUAAAUGUAGCUUUGACAUCUACAUUUGUAGUCA